CACUCCAUCACCUACCUUUCCUUCCCUCCCAAUCACAUCUUAUCUCCAACAAUGACGCACCUCUCAGCCGGCGUUUAUGCCUUCCUUCUCCUAUCGGUUUCCUCGAUUGUCUCCGGCGGCAGAGAAAUCGCUGAUGACUUUCUCCGGUUGCCAUCGGAAGCAUCCAGAUUCUUCCGUCCGGACAGUGGUGAUGAUUCAGUCGGGACACGAUGGGCGGUCUUGAUCGCUGGAUCUAGCGGAUUCUGGAACUACAGGCACCAGGCUGAUGUUUGCCAUGCCUACCAACUGCUAAAAAAUGGUGGGCUAAAAGAUGAAAACAUCAUUGUUUUCAUGUAUGAUGACAUUGCGUUCAAUGAGGAAAACCCUCGGCCUGGAAUCAUCAUUAACAGCCCUCAUGGUGACGAUGUCUAUAAAGGAGUUCCAAAAGAUUACACCGGAGGAGACGUCAACGUUCACAAUUUCUUAGCUGCUAUACUUGGAAAUAAAACUGCCAUUACUGGGGGUUCUGGAAAGGUUGUAGAUAGUGGUCCGGAUGAUCAUAUCUUCAUAUAUUAUUCAGAUCAUGGUGGUCCUGGGGUGCUUGGUAUGCCUACCAGCCCUUUCCUCUUUGCAGAUGAAUUGAAUGAUGCCUUGAAAAAGAAGCAUGCUUCCGGAACCUACAAAAGCAUGGUAUUUUAGCUGGACGCUUGGGAAUCUGGGAUUAUCG